AAAAGAUAUUUUUUUUACAAAAUGUCCGCUUCUGUUUAAAGACGGUGGAGCUGGCGUGUCUGGUGAACAAAACCGUUUCGAGAACUUUUAUGGUUUUAAUUGGACCCCGAUAUAAUCACCGAGCAUUGUAACACCGAUCCUAUUUUGAAAUACACCGUUAUUGGAGUGCUUUGCGGGUACGGGUCAUUCUGGUGUAUUUACCAGCACAUUCCUAGAGACGUACUUGUUUCCAAGAUACACAGCUGUUUAACUAGACAGGAGUAACAUUGGAUUUAACAAGCAUGGAGGGUGGUAUAGAAAAGAACCACUCCCAACAAAAUGAUGAGGGCAUGUCAGAGUUCUUCAAGAAGCUCAUGUAUGGGAAAACCGAGUACAGGCGUAUGCAGGAAAAGAAAUAUGGCAGUGCACCUCAAACCCCCAUAAAGAAAGGUUCACAGAGCAAGCGUCAGCCAUCACAAAAGCAACAGCAACAGCAACCAAAGUCAGCAAAAAAACCCAUUAAAACUGAAUCAUUCAUCACUGCAAAGAAGGCCCCCAAGGUGCAUGCAGCUCAAACGCCAGAGCCCGCCAAACCAGUGAAAUCAUCAGAGAAGGAAAAAGCCCAGCCAGUGUCAGUUGAAAGUAAAAAAGUACCAAAUGCAACUCCGAAACAACAAGAAAAAGCUGAGACAGCAACUAUCAAAAAAGUGGCAGAUGAACCUAAAAAAGAGAUAAGAGAGUCAUCAGAUGAAUCGUCAGCUGAUGAAAACAUAACUGAGGUUGAUCAGACAAAGGAGACGACUAUUGUGGAAGAUUCAAACAAGACAAAUGUAAUUGACCCUGCUGUUGAAAAAAAGUUGCCAGAUGUAGAACCUAAGGUAACGCCAAAGGAAGAGGAAAGUUUACCAACAUUAGAUAAAAACAAAGACAUAGAAUUGAACAAGACUGAAAACAAAGAACCAAUCAUUGAAACACCAAGCACAGAUACGACUAAACAAGGAGGGCCCGAAGAACCCAAAACUGAAACGAUAAAGAAGGAAGAUGAAAGGAAAGAGAAGGAAAAAGAUAAAAACAAAAGUGAAACAGUGGUAGAAGAACCACUAGCUGAGGACGAGAAUGUUAAGACAGAAAAGACAGACGAACAAAAGGAAGAAUCUGACAAGAAAAAGAAAAAGAAAGACAAGAAAGAAAAGAAAGAAAAGAAAGAGAAGAAAAAGAAAGAAAAAGAUGAUACUAACAAAACCCAAAAUGGAACAGAAGAACUGGAAACAGAACCCACAAAUAUCAGCGAGCCAAAGGAAGAAGAGGAAGAAAAACCAGCAAAAGAGGACAAGAAAAAGAAAAAGAAAGAAAAGAAAGAAAAGAAAGAAAAGAAAGAAAAGAAAGAAAAAAAGAAAAAAGAAAAAGACGAUACUAAUAAAUCGGAAAAAGAAAUGGAAAAGCUUGAAACUGAAACAGGGAAUAAAAGUGAGUCAAGUGAUGAUGAGGUUCAGACCCCCAAGACAGACAAGAAACAGAAAAAGAAAGACAAGAAAAAGAAAAAGAAAGAGAAAGAUGGUGACAUAGACAAAACAGAGGAGUUGGAUACCACUGAUUUGAAUGAAGAGGGUGAAGCCAAACUGUCUAAAUCAGAGAAGAAGAAGCUGAAGCAAGAAGAGAAGAAGCAAAAGAAAGAAGAAAAGCUGCAAAAGAAAGAAGAGAAAAAGAAACAGAAAGAAAAGGCAUCAAGCAAAAAGUCAGAUUCACCAGACGUAUCUGAAGCGGAAUCCGCACCCAAUACACCAGAUUUGAACAAAUCCAGAUCUGAUAAUGAAGACACAGAUGAUGAAGAAGAUCAAGUAAAAUCUUCAUGCUUCUUUUCAAGAAAGAAGAAAAACAAAAAGGAAAAGAAAAGCGCGAAGAAAGAGAAGGAUUCAGAAAAAGUGGAAGAAACUCUUGAAGUAGAGCAUGAACAGCUAGAUGAAGAUACAGACAAGGAAAAGAAAACAGAAGAAUCUGAUGAGGAUGAAGCAGAAAGUCCUCCUGAACCAGAUGAGGAGGUAGCAGUUGAUUGAAAAGUGUUGUGCCUGGCAUAAACAUUCCUCUCUUGAUGAACGUCUGGACCAGUAGUACAUUUAAAAAAACAUUGUGUAUUCUCUGUAUGGAUAUUAAUUAUUAUGUCAAUUCCCCAUUUUUUAUAUUUCGACCAUGUAAACCAUGCACACCUAAUACUAGCUAGGGGCAUUUGCAUGAAAAUGGAACUGAUGUGAGGUCAGCAUAUCAGAAUCAAGAUCUUUAAAAUAAUUUUGACCAUACUUGCUCUCCCCCACAUUUCAAUAUUUGAUCCAUCACAUUUGCCACCACGUAAACUAUAUCUAUUUCUCCCAAUAAAGUCUACUGUGUUUGUUGAUAGAACAAACAAUGUUAUCAUUUAGAUGAUGAAACAGAAAAUAAUACUAGUUAUUUUGUUUAGCUAGAAGAAUUGUCCGCCAUAGUCUGUUGUGAAAGUUUUGUAUUGCUAAUAGUAUUUUUUUUUAUUUUUUAAUCUGUAGUUUUUUUUAAAAAACACACACACAAACAACAAUUCUUCAGUAUCUGUGUGGAAAGAUGACAUUACUUCAGGAUUAUUUGACUUUGCUUAUUCUAGGUAAUUCGGUAAUACACAUACUAAAAAACAAAAACAAAAAUAAUGAGACUGUAAUUCAUUGUUGUAAACAAAAAUCAUGCCAUGGCCAAUACACAUUGGCAUCAUCUCUUAAAAUUUAUUAGAAAAAUGAGAAAUUCAACAGGCGAAAUAUUGUAUACUAUUGCUUUUUGUAACAGUUUUGCAUUGAGAACAAAUCUUCACAUAGGAGAAAGAAAUUUAGGUAAACAUACAAUUGUUGUUGAUUUUGAUUUUUGUUUCAUAUCAAAUAAUAUAUUUUUAAUUCAUUCGAGCGAGGUCAGUGUUAUGUGCAAAAACUAAGCCAAAAAAACAACAACCUUCAAUCAAUAAAACGAAGAAUACAGGAUGAAUACUAUUUCAGAUAAUCGAUAAUUAUGUGAGCAUAUUGACUCAUAUUUAGUCAACAUUGUAACAACCUAUUUUUCAAGAGGCAAUUUUAAUAAAUGUUAUUAGAGUG